AUGGCAUCACCACCCGCGCCCCUCACCGAGGAGGAGAAGGCCUUCUUCCUCAAGCACGGCUACAUCAAGCUAAGCAACUGCUUCACCCAAGCCCAAGCCGACGAGAUGAACGAAGGCGUCUGGACGCGCCUGGGCAUGUCGCCCACCGACAAGACCACCUGGACACGAGGCCGCACCAACAUGCCGCACCACCGCGACUUCGACCCGGCGGCCUUCGCGCCCAAGGCCUGGGCGGCGAUCUGCGAGCUCUGCGGCGGCGAGGACCGCAUCGACCCGCGCUCGCGCGUGUGGCGCGACUCGCUGAUCGUGAACCUGGGGACCGCCGAGGGCGAGGGCCGGCCCACGCCGCCGCAGCAACUGCGCGAGUGGCACGUCGACGGCGACUUCUUCGUGCACUACCUCGACAGCCCCGAGCAGGCGCUGCUGGUCAUCCCGCUGUUCACCGACAUCGCGCCCCAGGGCGGCGGCACCAUGCUCUGCCCGCCGGCGGUGCCCCGGAUCGCGCGCUGGCUUUACGACCACCCCGACGGCGUGUCGCCGCGCAUGGUGCCGCGCGCGCACGAGGAUUUCGCCAAGGAGAAGAAUCUGGAGUGGUACUGCGAGCUGGUGCGCGGGUGCGCGGAUGAUGCGUUUGUGGAGGCGUGCGGGAGUGUCGGAGACGUGUUUUUGCUGCAUCCGCUCAUGCUGCACUGCGCGACGAGCAACGCGCUGCGCCGAGUUCGCAUCAUCACGAACCCGCCGGUGAGCCUGCGGGAGCCGCACUGCUUUGAUAGGGCGGAUGGUGACUAUAGCCUUGUGGAGCGGAAGACCAUGCAAGAUGUUGAUGGUGAGGAGAGGUUGAAGGGGUGGCGGAUCACGAAGCCGAGGGAGGGUGUCGUGCCCCAGAGGGUCAGGAUCCAGGAGGAGAUGCGGCUGGCGGAGCUGAAGAGACUUGAGGAACAGAGGGGUGUUGCUGUUGCUGCUUGA